GCCGGAGUGCCAGCGGGCCAGGGCCGGAGCCGAGCCGGGGUCGGGGAAACAGCGGGGACCCUCGGAGGCGGGGCCAGUGGGACCGCGAUGGGCGUGGAGAUCGAGACCAUCUCCCCGGGAGACGCCUCUCCGGCCAUCCUGUCCACUCCCAUGGCUUUCAUUAUGGGCUGCAAACAGAUGGUCUCCAAACUUAAGCCUCCAGCCCAGGCCUCCAAUCUGAGUUCCAGGUGGUCCAUUUAUCCAGCUGCUGCUCAGCCUCUAUCUGGACCUCCCACGGAUCCCUCAAAGUCGGCAAGACAUUCCCCAAGAAGGGCCAGACGUGUGUGGUGCACUACACAGGAAUGCUCCAAAACGGGAAGAAAUUCGAUUCAUCCAGAGACAGAAACAAACCUUUCAAGUUCAGAAUUGGCAAACAGGAAGUCAUCAAGGGUUUUGAAGAGGGCGCAGCCCAGCAGCUGCUCCGAGCUUUUCUGCCAUUUGAAGCUUGUGCUGGGAGCCAGCUGUGACCAGAGGAACAGCUCCAGCCAUCUGGUUUUUCUAGGGGCUCUGUUAUUUGUGACCACAAUGAAAAGUUCAGACAAUGAUGUGAUAACUGACAGACUUCCCAGGCUCAAGAGCUCAAACGAAUGGCUGGAGCCCCAGCCACUUUCCUUCAUGGAGGCAUUAGCUAAAGAAGAUAUUGAUGCAGCUAUUCAAUCAAUAUUAUACAGAGAAAAUUAUAUAAUUAAGGAGCUAGGUAAGUAUUUAAAGCAUCAUGACUUCUUAAAUGCAAGAAGAAAAGAGAUAUUAUAUAAAAGAUGGGUUGAUCAUGUGGCAGAUCCUCUCCAGAAGAAAAUUAUAGAAAAUGUUACUUCACAUAAGAAGAUUAAAAAAAGGAGACAAGAGGAAUUAGAUGGUUUUUUAAAAUACAUGAAUAAAAAGGGAAAUGCAUUUAUAGAGCAUUAUGAUCCAAAAGAAUAUGAUCCUUUUUACAUGAACAAAGAGGACCCGAAUUUUCUGAAGGUUACCAUCCCACCAUUUCGUGACCCUUUGAAAAAAGCACAAUAUGACAAAGACGAUGGAAAAAGAAUUCUUCUUCAGUGUGAGACUGGCAAAAUAUUUACAAUGAAAGAAUUUAAAGAGGUUGAGAAGGCCAAACUGCAUUCCAGAUUUCCAGGAAUUUCUAAUUCAAGGCACUUUAUGACUCCAAAUGACUGGCUUAAACUGCAUACAAACUACAUAGAAAGUGAAUUUUGUAAAAGGAGCAGGUUAAAAGUAAAAGUGAAUUUUAACGAAAGUAGUUUUGACUUGAAACCCUCUGCAAAAACUCCUCAUCUUCUGGAAUCCCAGGAAGACGAAAAAGCAGUUGUUUACAAAUUUUAGCAACCAAGGAGCACACACCCUGAGCCUUGGCUGGUAAAAGAGGACACAAAAGAAGGCUGCUUCAAAGGAAGCCAUCUGCCAGCAGGAAUCAUUCAGAAUGAGGACCAAGAAAGGCACUCAAGAAUUGUUCUAUGUCUAAGAAGAGCAUCUGCAAUCAACUUCAUCUUUGAGUCCAGUGUCUGUAUGAUAAUUAAGAAAUGACAGUACUGUAUAUUGACAGUUAUUGCAAAUGUAUUUCCCCCAGGAGUUAAGAAAUGUUGCCUGAAGGAUACAAUAAAAAUACUAAUAGCUACCUUACUUAGCACCCAUCUCAAUUCACUUGCUCUUUCCCUAAAUUGUCAGGCACCCUUAAAAUCCACACCCACAUAUUCUCCCCAGGUUUCUCCAACAGUCUUUAGAAAAUUUAAAAAUUCAUUUUGAUUACCCAUGUGCUGAUUCUGAGUCUGCAAAGUUACAAAAAUUCAUUUUGAUUACCCCUCUGGCUCAUGUUGAGUGACUCUUAGUCACAGAAGACUUAGUAGGACCUGGAGCAUAGGAGGAGAGACUUUUGUUUCCCUUAGGCAAAGGGGCACUAAAAAUCAAUCCUCGCUUCUACUUGUAGCCCUGGAUCAUACAGAUAAAUGGCAUUGGCUAGAGAAGACAUUGAUGAAGCUGUAUACGUGGUAUUAUUUAGAGAAAAUUAUGUUGCGAAGGUGAGUUGGCUACAGAGAGUGGAUUCCAAGUGUGUUCUAGAGAUUGGAUACAUAUUUUCAGCAUCUGGAUGUUUUUAAGGAAAGAAGAAAAGAGUUGUUACAUAAAAAAUGGACUGAAAAU